AUGGCAUCUGAGAAGACAGAUGUUUUGCUCAUCGGCCUCGGCGCUGUGGGUGCUGUAUAUGCAUUUGUUAUGCAGAACGGUGGACGGGCUCGCGUGACUGCCAUUGCAAGGAGCAAUUGCGAAGCUGUGAAGGCUCAUGGCCUCAACAUCAAAAGCGACAAAUUCGGCAACUUUGAUGCAUUCAAGCCCGAUCGAGUGUGCGCGUCGGUUGCCGAAGCGGCAGACCAGCCAUACUCCCAUGUCAUAGUCACAACAAAAGCCGUUCCCGAGCUCAUCCAGACCUCUGACUUGGUCGCGCCGCUCCUUACCCCGGAAUACAUAGACAGGUUUCCCAUACCCACGUUCGUGCUCAUGCAGAAUGGGUUAAAUGUGGAAGCCAACUUGUACGAGACGCUGAAAAAACUGCGGCCGGUGGAGGAGCCGAAGAUCAUCGGCACGGCAUUGUGGACCAUGGCGAACAUGCGCGACGGCAACGUCGUCGAACACAACCAGUCUGACCGAGCUGUCCUCGGUGUGUACCGCACGAUGGCAAACUACACGGAUAACACCCCAGAGGAGGCCGCACUGUUGUCAACCUUUGCCGACAUCCUCAUCGCAGGUGGAGCGCACGUAGAGAUCGAGCCCGAAAUCCAGCGCGUCAAGUACAACAAAAAUGUGUAUAACGUAUGCUUCGGGGUCAUCCCAGCCAUCACUCGCUUCCCAACGACUGCCAUCUUUUAUUCCUCCCACAGCCCCGAGAAGAAACAGACACCUACAGCGAAUACCGAUGACUCCUUGGCCGCAGCCUCGGCAUCCAAGACUGCUGGACUAUGCAGCGCCUCCCCAGUGAUCGCCGCCAACACGCUGCCUUGGCUGUACGACUGCAUCACGGAGAUCCACGCGCUGGGCACGACGCUCUUCCCGGAGAGGGAUGCGGGGCCCGCGAUCAAUCCGAACCUCGCUGCUGACGUACUCGCGUUCACCUCAGAUAUGUACGGCGGUGGCCACUACGCGCACCGCCCGAGCACGCUCGUGGACGUCGAGGUGGGCCGCCCGACUGAAGUCGAGGUUAUCCUGGGUGAGCUCGUCAGGAUGGCGCGGCGCGAGGGCGUCGCGGUCCCGAGACUCGAGUCAGUAUAUGCGUUGAUGCUGAUCAUACAGAAUCAGCUCCUCUGCCAGAACCGAGAAAAGUGA